AUGUCAGAAAAUAAACGCUCUCAUGAAGAGUCUCUCAAAGAGAAUGAGGUGACCAAGAAAGAGAAUGAAAUUGAAUCAGAUCAAAUGCAUAUGUCUGAUAAUGAAGAACAAGAUGAAGUUAAAGAAAAAGAUGGUGAAGAAGAGGAACAUGAAGAGGGCGCUGGAGAAAAAAAGAAAGCUGAAAAAGUAGAAUAUGUGAGCAUAGAUUUGUCAAACAUACAUGAGAUUGAGUGCCCUAUUUGCUUUGGUAUCUUACGGAAAACAAAAACUAUAAGAAAAUGCUUGCAUCGUUUCUGCGGAGAGUGCAUAGAGAAGUGCAUGCGCUCUGGUAAAAAUGAAUGUCCUAUUUGUCGCACACAUUGUCCUACCCAACUCUCACUGAGAGAUGAUCCAAAUUAUGAUGCAUUGAUUGCUUUGUUGCAUCCAGAUAUUGACAAGUUUGAGAAAGAGGAAUUGGCUUUGCUUAAAGAAGAGUUUCCCCAUCUAUCUAUAGUGGAAAAAUCAGUGGAAGUUGUUGAUCGUGACGAAGAAGAAGAUUUUUCUGAAGAAGAUUUUGUUGCUCAAAUAAUUGUGCACGUUCUACCUUCUUUUCAUUAUAUGACUGAUGAAAAUUAUUUUGCUGAAGAACCAUUAGUUGAUGAUGAUAAUGAUGUCGCUGAAGAACUUGUUGUUGAAGAGGAAGACAUGGAUGAUGAUAGUAGCAACUCAACAUAG